AGGUAUUUUCGUCAAUUUGUAUGGGAGGGAGAAUAGAAGAGCAAUUUUCCAAGCAUUAAUCAACUGUAUUAUUCGGGUUGCAGUAGCCCAAGCCCGACCCAUAACUGAAAUCCCAAAAACACCCCCAUUUCGUUCCCAUCAAAAUUUUCCUCUCCCAAAUUUCACAUCAGAAUCACCUCCUUCUCCCCGUCAACAAUGGCGUUAGCAUCUCUCCGAAAACUCACCACCAUCACCACCCGCCAAACCACCCUCUCCUACCUCUCCCAAUCCCCAAUCUGCCGUCCCACAUCCACCCAAAAAGUCUCCGACCGCAUCGUCCGUCUCUCCGCAAUCGACUUCCAAGGCCAAAAGCACAACGUCAUCGGUCUUUCAGGCCAAACUCUCCUCAAAGCGCUGAUCAACACCGGAUUAAUCGAUCCCGAUUCACAUCGUCUUGAAGACAUCGACGCUUGUUCUGCUCACUGUGAAAUCAACAUCGCUCAAGAAUGGCUUGAUAAGCUACCUGCUAGGAGUUAUGAUGAAGAGUAUGUUUUGAAGCAUAAUUCGAGGGCUAGGGUGCUUAAUACGCAUUCCAGAUUGGGGUGUCAGGUUCUUCUUAAUCAGGAUCUUCAAGGUAUGGUUGUUGCUCUUCCUGAACCUAAGCCAUGGGAUACUUCUUAGGGUUUUUGGGGAGAAAUUGUUUUGUUGUUGAAUAAUGUUGAAUGAAUGAGGUGAAGUAAUUGAACCUUGUUGUGGUUUAUUGUUGUUAUGUUUUAUUUUUUAGUUUGGAACUUUAAGAUUUGAACUAUUGAUGCCGGUGAUUGGCAAUGUUAUGUGCUAUUAAUAACUAUUUGCAACUGUUUAUUUCUGUUAUCA